GCUCUUCUAGUUCAACCGCCAUACCCGUUAAACUAUAGCGUGGCUUUCACGGAUGACUACACCUGGCAACGGUUACGACAGACUAUGACGUCGGCAUUCAACCCCGCAAGCUGAAACUGAUGGAUCGACAUGUCAACCGGUGUUGUGGCGCUGUAUCUCGCUACCUGCAGAGACUAACUGACGAAGGACAACUCGUCCAUGUCAAGCAGGUCUUUGGGGCCUACAGCUUAGAUGUGAUUGCUGGAACAGCUUUUGGCAUGGAAACAGACUUUCUAACCAAUCAAAACGACGCUAUCUUGCAAGCUGCUUUGAAUAUUUCAGGGAAACAGUCUCAUCUUGACAUUCUUCAAGGAUUUUUAAUGGUGUUCCCGAUCCUUCGACCACUCUUUUCAUUUCUCAGCGUGAACGAGUCUUCAGCAGUGAAGGAUGUCAUUGGGCUGAUUGAAAGCCUCAUUCACGACCGGAAGAACAACAGCCAAAGCGAAAGAGCUGAUUUCCUACAGCUUAUGUUGGACGCAGAGGCAUCAGAAGCAGAGGUAGCCGCAAGACCUCAAGAUAAACAUAUGACGAAGGUUGAAAUCAUCGCACAAGGUAUCACCAUUUUACUUGGUGGCUACGAUACGACGGCGACGACCUUACAGUACCUGACCUACUUACUGGCCCUCAAUCCCGACAGGCAGGAAAAACUAUACCACGAGAUCAUCGCAGCUAUUGGCCAUGCCGCACCUACCUAUAAUAAUGUGAUGAGCAUCAAGUAUUUGGACAACUGUGUUUGGGAGGCGCUGCGCUGUUUCCCUCCUGCUGUCACGAUUAUUCGUGUGGCAGCAGAGACGAGAACCAUCAAAGGCGUGCUCAUUCCAGCUGGAAUCUGCAUUGCUGCUCUUUUGUAUGUCAUUAUGCAAGACGAAGAGAACUUUCCAGAACCUCACAGGUUCAUUCCAGAGAGAUUCGAUGACAACAGCAUCCCGACUCUGUUGCGGGAGUUGGCCUUCGGGGCGGGGCCUCGUCAGUGUCUUUGCAUGCGACUGGCGCUGUACGAGGCUAAGAUGGUGGCCGUCACACUCAUUCGACGGUUCAGGUUCAUUAAAGUGCCUGAGACACCCGAGACUAUUUCUUUGAACAAGUUUUCAUGGAUGUCCUUCCCUGACAAGCCCAUCUUCGUGCGGGCGGAAGCACGGAACUAACCAGGAAACCUCAGCUCUCUCGAGACUUACAAUAACUAGAAAGCCUAUAGAAUUUUCCUGAAUCAUACAGUAAUCAGUAAACCUUCACCAUUCUCUUAACUAAGGAAUUAUAUAUUUUUAAAAUCUAACGAUUGAAAAUCUGCGGAUGACAAAUACGAGAUGCAUGUCAUAUUAGUAGUAGCACGAAUUUAUCAAGUGUAUUUCCCCAUGUAGACGCAGGCUUAAAUCCAUACCACACCUGUAAUCCUUUGCACUUGGCUCUCACGCAGUGUGAUAACAGGCAUACCAUGCAAUUAAAAACAUUUAUAAAUAAUUUCUAGAUAAAGUUUUUCUGUCACACCCACAAAUUGUAAACAUGUUUUUCAUUGACUUGUUUUCUAUAAAAGUAUCCUUACUGUCAUCAAUAUUUCGCUACACAUGUCAAAUAUUUGUUCUUCUUAAUCAUUUGUGUUUUGGAAAAUUUCGAGGGACUUUGUUUUAUUCAAGUAAUAACACUUUUAUUUCUCAAGAAAUCUUCACCUAUAAUUUGUCGAAGAAAACAAUAAACUACCAGAGAUAAAGGAAGAAGUACAGUAUAUGUUUUUCGCAGGCAACACUGAAUAAUUUUAAGGCUGACAGGGCAUUCUUGGUUUUGUAAGUCCUGCACGGUAUGACAUUGAGAAGACAUAGGCAAGAACCGAAUUUUCUUUUAUUUCAUUCACUUUGUAAGAGAGCAAACAUCAAUGAAAUUAUUUACCUUAAGUGGCGACAUAAUUAACCUGUAGCCGACCUCCCAGACUUGCAGACCUUCGUUAAGUAUACU